UACACUAGCUGCCACAAAAAUCUGAAGCCAUCCCUAGCAAUGAGAAGGAACCAACACCAGGAAAACAGGAGAGUUGAUGCACCAAGGGCAAGAGCUCCUUCUGCAACCAGUGCAACAACAAGGACAGCUCCACCAGCAGCAAGGGCAAGAGCAACUAGGGCAGCUCCUUCUGCUCCUUCUGCUCCUGCUCCAACAGCAAGGACAGCUCCAACAACAACUAGGGCUGUACCUAGGGCAGCUCCUUCUGCUCCUGCUCCAACAGCAAGGACAUCUCCAACAACAACUAGGGCUGUACCUAGGUCAGCUCCUUCUGCUCCUGCUCCAACAAGGCCAAGUUCAUCUUCUGCUGCUGCUGAUAGGCCUAGUUCAUCUUCUGCUACUGUUGCUAGGUCAAGGGCAAAGAAAACAUUCAUACCACCAAGACUGUCAGGUACUGGAAGAGUGAGAAAGCCAUCAUACAAGAUGUCUGAAUGGUUCAAUUGUUCUCAAGGCAGCAAGAAGUGAUGUAAUGUUGAAACAUGUUUAAUUCAGCCUUUUUUGGCUAGUUU